AUGGAUCCAAAGCUCACGGAGGUUUCGCAACUGUUCGAUCGAUUCAAAGCUGCUUUCGUGAGGAACGAUUUUGAUACUUGCAAGGCUCCUCUCUCAACUCAAGACUAUCCUAUUGACGUAAUGAAAGUUGAAACCAGUGCAAAUGUGGUCUUGCUGACAGAAUUCAAAAGUCUUCCUCCUUUAUUUGAAGAAACACCUAAAGCACUUCAUGAGUUGACAAUAGCAAGGGAUAUAUAUGAGCAUGCAGUUGUUCUAAGUGUGAAGACUGAGGAUCAGGAUGCUUUUGAGAGGGAUUUUUUUCAGCUGAAACCGUAUUACACUGAUGCACGUGACCGUCUUCCACCAUCCGCUCAGGAGUAUCCCAUCCUAGGUCUCAACCUUUUGAGACUCCUUGUGCAGAAUAGAAUUGCUGAAUUCCACACUGAACUGGAGUUGCUCUCAGCCCGUGCUCUGGAGAAUCCUUGUAUCAAGCAUGCCGUGGAAUUGGAGCAAUCUUUUAUGGAAGGAGCUUACAAUCGUGUGUUGAGUGCUAGACAGACAGUACCUCAUGAAACCUAUGUUUAUUUCAUGGAUCUACUGGCCAAGACAGUCAGGGAUGAGAUAGCUGGAUGUGGUGAGAAGGCAUAUGAUUCCCUUUCAGUUAAUGAUUGCAGACAAAUGUUGCUGUUCACUUCGGACAAAGAACUUUUUGAAUAUAUCAAGGAGGACCAUCCUGAGUGGGAGAUAAAAAAUGGGUUUGUAGUUUUCCAAAGGGCUAAAGAAUCUGCACCUUGCAAGGAGAUACCAUCUUUGCAACUCAUCAAUCAGACGCUUAGUUAUGCAAGGGAGUUGGAGCGGAUUGUUUGAGGGGAAUUCUGCUCCAUCCUUUGUUUCUUUCAUUGCAAUUCUUUAUGCUUAGAACUGUUAUCUGCCUCGGCUGAAGUGUUUCCUUUUUUAAUACAAUACCGAAGUUAGGGAUGUUAAUCAGCUUUUGUAUUACGUCUACCCUUAGAAACGUAUCUACCAAAUUUAUUCUCUUAGAAGCGGACAAUUUCUGCAUUCGUUUUGGAGAUUUCUUCGAUGCGGUGGUGUGUUACUUUUCAACAACAGCUGUUUGCUUUUGCCUAGUGGGAAAGAAAUGCAAAUUUACUGGACAGUUUGGUACGUUGGAUGAUUAACAU